UAUUGUCAAUUAUAUCUGCUUACGUCAUAAUUUUGUUCCGUGUAACAUGGCUGCUCAUGUGGAGCGUGGAACUGAUUCAACUACUUCAAUAAAAAAUAUGUCCCUAAAGAAAUCUCUCUCUGCAGCGGCUUCCCUCACCUUACAAAUUGUUGCUGAAUGCCCAGUGACAAAAGCAAGAGCUUGUAAUCUAAUGCUGCCACACUGCGCCGUUAACACUCCAGUUUUUAUGCCCGUCGGUACUCAGGGGACAAUGAAGGGAAUCACUGUGGAUCAGCUGGAGGGUCUUGGAUGUCAGAUUUGUCUUGGAAACACAUACCACCUCGGCAUGAGACCGGGAUCUGAUGUGAUCGAGAAAGCCAAUGGCUUACAUGGGUUCAUGAACUGGAAGAGAAAUAUUUUAACUGACAGUGGAGGGUUUCAGAUGGUGUCUCUUGUUGAACUCUCAGAGGUCACUGAGGAAGGGGUCAAGUUCAAGUCCCCCUAUGAUGGCAAAGAGAUCCUUCUAAGUCCUGAGAAAUCCAUCAGCAUACAGAACAGUCUGGGGUCAGACAUCAUGAUGCAGCUGGAUGACGUGGUCAGCAGUACCAUGACAGGACCACGCGUGGAGGAGGCCAUGCACAGAUCCAUUCGCUGGCUGGAUCGCUGCAUAGCAGCUAAUAAGAAUCCACACAAACAGAACCUUUUUGCUAUCAUCCAAGGAGGGCUGAAUGCAGACCUGCGCAAGGCCUGUCUACAUGAAAUGACUCAGCGUGAUGUUCCUGGUUUUGCUAUCGGAGGCCUGAGUGGUGGAGAGGAGAAGGAUGAUUUUUGGCAAAUGGUUACGUUGAGCACUGACCACCUUCCACGAGAAAAGCCUCGGUACCUCAUGGGCGUGGGGUACGCUGUGGAUUUGGUGGUGUGUGUUGCUCUAGGAUGUGAUAUGUUUGACUGUGUGUUCCCCACUCGCACUGCAAGGUUUGGCUCUGCUUUAGUGCCAUGGGGGUCUCUCCAGGUAAAACAGAAACAGUACGCCAAGGACUUCCGACCCAUAGACCCAGACUGUCAGUGUCCUACCUGCAAGAGACAUAGUCGUGCUUACCUACAUGCUCUGUUUAAGAGUGACACUGCAGCCAUGCAUCAUAUCACCAUCCACAACAUCGCCUACCAGCUGAACCUGAUGAACUCUGUGAGACAGAGCAUUGUGGAAGGCCGCUUCCCAGAGUUUAUACAGACAUUCAUGAAACGAAUGUUUCCUUCCCGUGACCAGUACCCCAGCUGGGCUGUGGAUGCUCUGGCCUCUGUCAACAUUACAUUGGAGUAGAACUUGUUGAAGGGAACUAUUUUAAUGUAAAUGAGGAUGAGUGUCAACCAGUGGCUGAAAGAUUUUAUAUAAUUUAAAUGACUUUUUUUAUAUGGAUGAUUGUUUUAUACUCUUAUACAGUAAUAUUUACAUGGCCAGUUUUGCUGGAACAGAAAUGGCUUUUGAUGUGAAGGGAUGAGGCCUGAUUGUCUUUUACAUCAGCUUGAUUAACUCAGCCUCUGCAAACUGCCAUGAGAGUACACAUUAUGAUAAUGCGAGACUGAAUGGGGUUUAAAUGAGGUUUGAAACACAUGAACUAUCUCUGAUAUGCUCAGACACUUUGUUGUUACCAUGGCUACACAGCCGGGCCCACCCACUUGAAAUGUUUUGCCUUCCUGUCAAGCUCUUUGUAAUAGUUUGUGGCUGAGAGUAUUACAGAGGUAUGUCAUUUUUCCUAAGGGCACAAGAUUAAUAAAUGUAAAGGGACUUACUGUUUUAACCUGCGCCCUAACUGACUAGGAGCUGUCACCUAUAUAAUCACAUAAAUGAACCUAACUCACA